AUGUUCAAUACUGUUUCUCAGAAGCAAAUGGUUCUAACUCUGGAAGAUCGGAUUCGUGUAAUUGAAAAAGUUGAACAGGGCAAAAGCUGUCGUUGUGUAGCAGUUGAGAUGGGCGUAGGAAAGACGCAAGUUCAAUCUAUAAAGUAUCAGAGUAGGAAGGUGCAGUAUGAUGACACUGACCGUGCUGUCUGGGAGUGGUUUGUUGAGGCCUGUUCAAGGAACAUUCCCUUUAGCAAUCGUUUGAUACAAGAAAGAGCACUCGUGUACGCUGAACAGCUGGGUCAUAGUGCAUUUUCUGGUUCCAAUGGCUGGUUAGAGAAGUGGAUGACUAGACACAACGUACGCUUGUCGUGCUUGUCUGGUGAAGUCGCUGAUGUGGAAGCCAGUGUAGUUGACGACUGGUCCCGCCGAUUGCAAUCUCUAUGUGAGGGCUAUGAGCUGAGGGACAUAUUUAAUGCCGAUGAAACGGGUCUGUUCUACAGAGCUUUGCCCUCCAGAUCCAUGGUUGCAAAGGGUGAUGAAGCUAAAGGAAGUAAGAAAGCUAAAGAGAGAAUAACUGCCUUACUUGCAUGCUCUGCUGUGGGUGAAAAAUUGACACCUCUUGUAAUUGGACGCUCAGCAAAUCCACGCUGUUUCAGAGGAGUGACAGCUUGUCUUCCUGUGACUUAUGCAGUGAACAAAAAAGCGUGGAUGACAAGUGACCUCUUUCAAUCUUGGCUCAACACCGUGAACAUUAAGAUGAAAAGUGAAAACCGGUCAAUCUUGCUAUUUGUGGACAACUGCUCUGCCCAUCCAAAUGUUGUCCACAAUAACGUAACAUUAGUCUUUCUACCACCCAACACCACAUCUCGACUUCAGCCCUGUGAUGCAGGCAUCAUACAAACUGUGAAGAUGCACUAUCGAAAACUGCUCCGCAGCAUCUUGGCCAGAAUGAAUGAAGCAACAUGUGCAUCAGACUUGGUAAAAAGUGUCAAUAUUCUUGAUGCCAUCAUGUGUUUUGAAAAAUGUGGGUUUGUGGAGUUGAGCGUGAGGGAGGAAGAAAACGAAACAGCUGGAGAAGAAGUGAAUCUUGAAAUGGAUCUACAGUUUCUGGUGCAUUCUGCUGGUACAACAUGGGCUGAGCACUCAAACUGUGACCAGGAGCUGGCCACUUCCUAUACUGAAGAAGACGUAGAUUGGGAGCAAAGGGCACUCGAGCGUGCUGUUAACAAAGAUAAGGAAAUCCAAAAUGAGUCUGACACAUACGUGGAAGACGAUGCUGAGGAAGAGGGUGAUGAUACCAGUGAAUGUCUGUCUGAGAGGGAGGCUGCUGUUGACUUACACCAACUUAGGGACUUUGCUGUAGCACAUGAUAAUGCUGAAUUGUUGCAGCUGAUUUCGAAAAGUCAAACAAUUGUGGAAAAGUUACAACGUACCUCACAGAUGUUCAAUAUACAAAGUAGAAUCACAGUGUUUUUUCAAGUAGAAAAUUUACCGAACAGUAUUUCUCUUGAUCACUAA